AUGAGUUUACACGGACUCGGGGUGAUUGGGGCUCAGGUGGCUGAAUCGAUCAAAUCCAACGGCGAGAAAAUCCCAACGUCCACGGUCGCGCCCCCAAGGUGUUCUAUUACAUCUUCGCCUGGGGCUCACAGCCAGGAGUUUGAUCCAUGGAUCGGGGCAAAGCCAUGCUCGCCUUUCUAUCCUCAUUCAAGUCCAACUAUCUCGUACGAACAACUCACCUUCGAAACGAAGAAUGCCAAUCGGAGCAGCCAUCUAAGAGACUUGGAAAGUCUGGGCCCAUACGCGAGCUUCCGAACCGAUAGUCCUCGAAGAUCGAAGUUGUGGGAGGAAGAGAACAAACCAUUGACCUGGUUGCAGAACUUGAGUAAGAAACAACGGAUGGCAUUAAAGGCAGUUGUGGCUGUGGUGACAGUGGGGACUAUGAUUGCGAUUGCAUUGGGCAUCACUGCAGCGGUGGGAGGAGCAGGUUGGAAAGCCAGCGCCGGAAGAACGGCAGCUGGGGGAUAA